AUGGCCACCGCUGCAGCACCUUCGUUUCAUUCGACAAAAGAGACAACCAAUUACGCCCGCUUAUGCAGGCUUCUGGUGGAUGUCAGUGCACAUAUCUUGAGAGACACCUUUGAUAAGAGGCGUCCAACAGGAGACCUGAACGCAGUUUUGUCGAGUCCUCCAGUUCAUGCAGUCUUACAAUCACUUCGAAAUAAAAGAAUUCUUAGUCCUUUUCAAUGGGUAAAACUAUAUCCUGCCAUCAAAUCUGCAGUUUCAUCAAAGAAUUUCGAUAUCACUCUACUGAUGGUUUUGCUGAGGAAUAUAUGCGGUCUUGUUCGUCCGGCUACCGGCUGGGAUACACUUCCUCCUGAAACAGACACAACCCUUGAGGCAGAUAUCGUUCGCAUCAAGUGCUACAGAAACACAGUUUAUGGUCAUGCCAGCGAGGCCUCAGUUGAUGACCCAACAUUCAAUCAAUACUGGCAGGACAUCCAAGAUGCAUUGGUGAGACUAGGAGGAGCUAAUUACCAAAGUGCUAUCGAUAAUCUGAAAAAUGAAUCCAUCGACCCUGAGAUCAAAGAACACUACAAAGAGCUUCUUAAACAGUGCAUCAUGGAUGAAGUCAGCAUCAAAGAAAGACUGGAUGAAAUUGGUAAAAGCCUGGAUGAAUUAAAGGAAGCAAUCGUUAAUCCUAAAAAGAGAGCAGGAGACAAAGCUGUAGCGGAAUACUCUGAUGCAUUGAAAGAAUCAAUAAGAAGGCAAACCGAGUACCUCGCUCAGGCCUCACCGACCAUGUCCAAUGUGAGAACAGAUCACAUAUUCACCAACAUUCUCAUGCAACAUGGAAGAAAGCCAGUCGAAGAUCUUGAUGUGAAACGAAAAGAACACCUUCGCCAGUACGGUCAAAUUAGUGGAAAGCAAAUCAAAAGCGCUCAAGAAAUAUUCAUCCCAAUCGAUGAGAAACAACCAGAAUCUGUUCUUGUCACUGGAAAGGCAGGCAUCGGUAAAACACUGUUUUGUCAAAAGCUGAUCAGAGAUUGGGCUGACAACAAAUUGUUUUUACCUGAUUUUAAGUUCGCAUACUUGCUCUCGUUCCGUCAGCUUAAUCUACUUGGGGACGACCCUGUUACCUUGAAGGAUAUCUUAAACCGAUCUUCAGUGCUAGAUGACCACUCAAAUAUCGACGACUCUAUAUUUGAGUACAUUGUUGAUCAUUCCGAAGAAGUUUUGAUUAUCAUCGACGGGUAUGACGAGUGUUCACAACGAGAGUACAUCGCUAGUGAUUCGGAUGAAAAGUACCCAAAUAACGCCAAAGAGAAAAUGCCAGUAGCAGCACUGUGUGCCAAGCUUAUCAAAGGAAAAAUACUGAGAGGUUCGGUCGUCAUGAUCACGUCAAGACCCGACGAAUCUGACGAAAUGAAAGCCAAAGACAUCUAUUUUGAUAGAUACGUUGAAAUUACAGGAUUUUCCGAGCCACAGGUAAAAGAAUACAUUGGAAAGUAUUUCAAAAACAACGACCGAAUGAAAAACAUUGUAAUGGACCACAUUACAAAGAAUGUCAAUCUUGUCAGCUUUGCCCACAUUCCUGUGCUCUGUUUUCUUAUGUGCUCUUACUUUGAAUAUACUCUACAGCAACCAAAGAAGAAUAAUCCUCUCCCAGUGAAAACAAGUGACCUUUAUGAUGAAGUGGUCAACAUGUUUGUGCAAAAGCACGAUAGAAAGAAAAGCGCCUUUGUCGAAGAGACUCUGGAUGAAUUAUCAAAGCUGGCAGCUCAACUCCUUGAGGAGAGAAAGUUUCUUUUCCUUAAAGAGGAUUUGAAAACUUUGAACUUACACGAGCUUGAAAGUCUGUGUGGAAGCGGUCUUCUUCAUUGCGGUCCUCCUUUCAGAACAUCUUUUUCUGCGACGACUAAACAUUUUUGUUUUACGCAUUUGACUCUCCAAGAGUACUUAGCGGCUCGUUGGUUCGUAAAGACAAGAAAAAUCCCCCCCGGAGAUGUGUCCACAGAAGUAGUUCUAUUUAUGUCCGGUAUUUUGUCCAAGGAAAAAGACAACGAAUUUGUGAAAAAGUUGAUUAUCAAAAAAAUUCUCAGCGUCUCAUUGUCAGAUACAACUACAAAGAGGCUAUUUAUUUCCAAAUGUCUCCUACAAUACGAAGACAUCGAGUUUGCCAAGGAAAUAGUAAAGGAAUUUCGCAACGUAUUCUGCCCACGUGUUGGACAUUUUGAUCUUUCUGGCUUCGGGAGGGCCAAUGUGGACUGCAUUGCUGUGUCUUUUGCAUUAAAUGUUUUUGGUGCACUUAAUGCAGAGGAAAAAUCUGAAUGGAAUAGAAUCACCACACUUAACCUAAGUCAUUGGAAUGUCGCCAAUUUUGCCGGUCUAUGUGAAGCAUUACAGACACCAACAUGUGAAGUCACCAAACUUAAUCUGGGUUUUACUCAGAUCACCGAUGCCGGUGUUGCCAGUCUAUGUCAAGCAUUACAGACACCAACAUGUAAAGUCACCGAACUUCAUCUGAAUCUUAUUCAGAUCACCGAUACCGGUGUUGCCAGUCUAUGUCAAGCAUUACAGACACCAACAUGUAAACUCACCGAACUUAAUCUGUGUGAUAAUAAGAUCACCGAUGCCGGUGCUGCCAGUCUAUGUCAAGCAUUACAGACACCAACAUGUAAAGUCACCGAACUUAAUCUGGGUUUUACUCAGAUCACCGAUGCCGGUGUUGCCAGUCUAUGUCAAGCAUUACAGACACCAACAUGUAAAGUCACCAAACUUCUUCUACCUGGUAAUCAGAUCACCGAUGCCGGUGUUGCCAGUUCAUGUCAAGCAUUACAGACACCAACAUGUAAACUCACCGAACUUAAUCUGGGUGGUAAUCAGAUCACCGAUGCCGGUGUUGCCAGUCUAUGUCAAGCAUUACAGACACCAACAUGUAAACUCACCGAACUUAAUCUGGGUGGUAAUCAGAUCACCGAUGCCGGUGUUGCCAGUCUAUGUCAAGCAUUACAGACACCAACAUGUAAAGUCACCAUGCUUUAUCUGGGUGAUAAUCAGAUCACCGAUGCCGGUGUUGCCAGUCUAUGUCAAGCAUUACAGACACCAACAUGUAAAGUCACCGAACUUCAUCUGGAUGGAAAUCAGAUCACCGAUGCCGGUGUUGCCAGUCUAUGUCAAGCAUUACAGACACCAACAUGUAAAGUCACCGAACUUCAUCUGGAUGGAAAUCAGAUCACCGAUGCCGGUGUUGCCAGUCUAUGUCAAGCAUUACAGACACCAACAUGUAAACUCACCGAACUUAAUCUGGAUGAAAAUCACAUCACCGAUGCCGCUGAGAACCGUCUAGAGUAUAUUUUGGAAGAAAAGAGUCGUAUCUACCUUUCUUAUGAUGAAGAAGACAUUGACUAAUAAUUCUGUUUUUGGAAAAGGUAUACGAAAGUUCAAAGACAUAGGGUUGACUUGACAGUUUCAAUAGUGAACGCUUCAACGCUGUAAACGCGUUAUCCUUUUGUUGUCCUUAAA